GCCGUCGCGCGCGCGUCCGUCAGUCAGCGUUCGCGCACGAAUGUGACGGUACGGUCGGUUGGUCGGUCGGUCGUCGUCGUCCUCGUCGUCGACGUCGUCGUGGCGGGUUUUUACUCGGCGCCGCGCUCGCACGAGUCCAGCUCAAGAGAGCAGAACUGACGUUUCCAACGCGAAACGAGAGGAAGGAGAUUAAAGGGCUCCUCCGCUCCUCUCCCUCUUUUUCUCCCUUUCUCUCUCUCACUCUCUGUUUUUCUCUCUCCUUUGCACUUCAUCCUCCUUUUUCUUUCCCUCUCGUCAGUCUACGAGGACACGGCCAGGUAGCCCGAAGGCGUUCCGCCGGGCAUCCGCGACGACAGGGGCUGUGACCUGCUUUAGCGCUAUAUCCUUGCAGCAGUCCGACUGGCGGACGAACCGAAGGUGAGAGAACAUCCCGGUGAUGACACCUCCGCGCAAUGUACCUUCGAAUCUCGCCGUUUCGUUACAACGCGAUCAUCUCUCGACGAUCGGCCAGUCGUUAUGUUAUCGUAUCGUGCUCCACUUACGACGCAACAGUCCCGCGAGAACGGAUAAUUUGACAGAUCGGUGCCGCGAAAACGGAUCCGUCAGAUUCGUCGAGGUUCGCUCGAUACGAGUCACGCGUUUAUUUCAACUACAUAUCCCGCGAGGAUAGUUCGCAUUCAGUUGUUCCGUAGGAUCCAGUGGAGCAUUAUAUAGACGUAGACGAUUGUGGGACGACACGUAAUAAUUAACAUACCGGAAUCGCUAUUGUGAUAUAUACGUGCGCGUUCCUGUCGGAGGGUUAAGCGAUUACUAUACGUAAGCCGAUUACAAGGUGUUGUUAAACAACAGGAAAGAUUGCCGCGAUAGAUUAUCUUCAAUUGCGCUGAAUCUCAAGAUACGCGGACUAUCUGAUAAAAUACAACUGAAUGAGGCUGAUGGAACCCUUGGGUGUCGCCCAGGACAUCGUGGAGCCGGCUGCGUUAAAACGAUGGGCCGACUAUCCCAUCCAGCAUCGAUUCACGGAUUACUCCGAAUCGGUCAGAGAAACGGCGCAUCACGCUAUAAGUCCCUUCCCGUGUCAACCAUCGCUUAACAACAAGCUCGCGCUAUGGACUGGGGAUAUCUCAAUAUUACAAGUAGACGCUAUAGUGAAUCCUACCAACGAGACAAUGGAUGAUAAUAGUCCUAUGUGCCAAAGAAUAUUUAGCCGAGCUGGUUCUGCGCUUAAGAUAGAAAUAUAUAAUGAAGUAAAAGAAUGCAGAACUGGCGAAGUGAGAGUAACACAGGGUCAUGGAUUACCUGCUCGUUUUAUUAUUCAUACUGUUGGACCAGUUUAUAAUGUCAAGUAUCAAACAGCUGCGCAAAAUACAUUACAUUGUUGCUAUAGAAAUGUCUUACAAAAAGCAAAAGAAAUGGGACUUCGUACCAUUGCUCUACCAGUAAUAAAUUCAGUACGAAGAAAUUAUCCACCAGACGCAGGAGCGCAUAUAGCUCUUAGAACCGUACGCAGAUUCAUGGAGCAAUAUAGCGAUUCGUUAACGUGUAUUAUAUUUGUACUGGAACCUUGCGACCUUGGAAUUUACGAAAUACUUCUGCCACUUUAUUUUCCUCGAAAUCUGGCGGAGCAGGAUAACGCUUGUUGGCAAUUGCCGAAUGAUAUUGGUGGACAGGACGGGGAACCUCUACUCCCAGAUAGACAAAUCAGAAUUAUUGACAAUCCUCAGCACGCUUUGCAUGGCGACGAAACGGUGGAACUUUCGGCACAAUUGGAAACCUCUGUGAAUAUUGGAGAGCAUGCCUUUGCACAAAUGCAAGGUGAUUUGGAUCGCCAGAGACUUCUGGGAGAAAGACCCCCUGCUGAUCCACUAGCGGAUAUUAUGCUCAAGCAAAUGCAACAAAAAGAAAGGUACGAAAGGCUCCUCAGGAGGGCGAAGACGGAGGAUUUGACCGAGGUCUCGGGUAUUGGUUGCCUCUACCAGAGCGGCGUGGAUCGACAAGGUCGACCGGUGGUGGUUUUCGUCGGCAAAUGGUUCCCCGCCACGAAAAUCAAUUUAGAUAAGGCCUUGCUGUACCUGAUACAACUGUUGGAUCCCAUCGUGAAGGGUGACUACGUUAUCGCGUAUUUCCACACCCUUACAGCCAGCAGCAAUUACCCCAGUUUACACUGGCUACGCGAAGUCUACAACGUGCUUCCCUACAAAUAUAAGAAGAAUCUAAAACAUUUCUACAUUAUCCAUCCUACUUUCUGGACCAAGAUGAUGACGUGGUGGUUCACGACCUUCAUGGCUCCAGCCAUUAAACAAAAGGUUCACAAUCUACCCGGAGUGGAAUAUCUUUACGAAGUUAUGCCGCCUGAUCAACUUGAGAUCCCAGCGUACAUCACGGAAUACGAUAUGACGAUAAAUGGCCUGAGGUAUUAUCAGCCGGAGCAGGUCGUGUCGUCGGCAUCAACGUCCACGUAACUCGCAGAAAAUCGAGACGAAAGCAACGAGGCGUCAAGAUCGAGGCCGGAUCGAAUGUUCCGCGCGUUUCUACGAUUGACAGUUCGUAUUAUCACAGUGACACCGGUGCGACACUUAAGUGUGCGAGCCAUAAGCAUGAGAUUCGUGAUUGCCGGUAUAUCUCGCCGAUUCUCGGCAAUGAUAAGACGUAAAGCACGACGUUGUCUGGAUACGGUAACCCACGUCUUCGAAAAGGUAAUCCGUCUCCGCAAUACCUCGAAAUCGAUUUGUCCAAGUGCCUCGUGAUGGAUCGCUUGUAGCAGGAGGAAGGACAAAAAAAAAAGAAUAGAACGAUCGGCCCAGCGCGCGAAUAUUAAUACGAAAUAUUAAUACAAAAUCAAGAAACCACUGCCCGCCUGCUUUUGACGUUGAUCGGUUCUUUUUACUCGUAUACGCAUGCGGGUCUCACGUCCCCGAGAAAGUACGGAGAUAUAUAAAAACUUGGUACUCUGGACAAUCCGCGUUUAAGGUAGGUAUAUAAAUCUCGAGAAAACUGGACCGACCAUGUACGCUGCUAGAGGUGUUACUUGCUAAAACAGCGUGUAUCCACCUCAUCCAGUAAUAGAGCUAAUAAAUUACUAUUCGCUUAGAGCGAACAUCAGCUGCCAAAACAUCAAUAAUCAGUAUUUUCAUCAUCGUCGUCGUCAUCAUUGUCGUCGUCGUCGUCGCUCGCAAAAACGAAAUCCGAAAGCUGAAUUAUUAAUCUUGCCCUUGUACAUAUUACGUAAUAAUUACGUGGCAGAUUCUUAGCUUAGUAGUCUCUACUGUCUGAGAAAGCAGUAGAGUGAGUAAAGGAUGAUACUUGACGACGCAUUAGACUUAAACGUUGGCUUAAUACAGACCGUCGAUCGCUUUCUGUUAUUUUCUUAUAUCAAUCGUUAUACAGUAAAGAGCGAAUUGAUUAUUGUAUAUUGUCAAUAUUUUAUUAAGUCACAUCGUUGAUGAAGAGAUCGUGCUGCGCUGCCGCCGUCGUCGUAUAUAGCCGCGGUAUUUUCGAUAUAUACUAAUAAUAAAUCAUCUGCUAACGAACAAAGAGCGGUUGGAUGUUUUACUGUGAUGUCAUGUCUUCGGCGCUCAGCACACACAGAGAUUUGAUUUAUUAAAAAAAAAAAAUCUUCUAGAGGAGACGUCAACGCGAAAUACGGAAAAUAACACUCGCGGAAUGUUAGCGUUGAGCACCGAAGUCGUACGUACGGGACAGUCCUAGAUUAGAAAAAGCAAUAAAUUUAAGAGCUUGCUCGCGAUGUAUUUCGGGAGGCAAAAAAAUCGUUAUCCCCGUUGUUAAGCAUUUUUAGCGAUUAAAAGAUAUAAAUUAAAGAAGUUAAAGACCUGUUAAUCGCGUCGAUUAGCCCAUUUCUCACGUUCGCCAAAUAUAUAUAUAUAUAUAUUUAUAUAUAUAUAUAUAUAUAUAAAUCACGAAUAUUCCUUCCCUUUCCUAUCUCCCUUCUACCUCGCGGCAAAUAUAGCGCCCUUCUCCCCAUCCCGUUUUUUGAUCUUUCGUCGAUUAGGUUUUUAGCGCGACAAAAAAGAGAUUCUCCGCGCUUCAAUCAGCCGCGGACGAGCUGAGAAGACGCAAUGGGUUAAUUGACCAUGCUACCUCCGCCGAAGAUACGAUCGUCCGUGUGAUCGAAUGUAUAUGCGUUUAUACGGAUCGAGAUUUAAACAGUUAUGGAAUUAAAAAAAAAAAGUGCUAUUCACAAUCGCGUUGCUGCAUUCAGAAAGCGCAACCAAACAAUCGAUGCGAUCGUUGAGUUUUCUGAACGUUAGCCAUUGUUCGCAAGGACGAAGUAGUAUUUUCUCAUGUUACUGUAUCUACAUAUGUCUAUGUUUUGCAAAGACUUUCAAUACGGUUCGCGCUACGAACAGUCGGAAAAAAAAGAUUAACCUCGUACUAUUCGGAGGGGCCAAUGGUAUCGCGAAGUGACACGAAAAUAGGCUAUUUUGCGUUUUUACGUUUAAUGACCUCACUGUCCGUCCCUGACAAUCGAGUUUAACAAGUAGCGACAAGAUGAAACUUUAUUCGGAGAUCGUUGUUAUUCUAUAUAUAUUUUAUAUUAUAGUGUCGUUACUUUGUCAUUUAAAAUUUUAUUGAAAAAGGGGGAGAUGCAGCUAUUUGAAAAAGUUUUGAAAUUGAAAAAAUGUUAAACAUUAAUUUCAAAUAUGAAUAAUUGUUAUUUGGAUGAUGUUAUCUUGGAAACAAGUUUGUAUACGAUAAUGGAAUUUAUUAAUCGAGAGUAUGAUUAAAAUAUCUAAUAUGUUA